AUGAUGAAGCAAACUCUUAUCCUCGCCGCCCUUGUCGCAUCCGCUUCUGCUUUCGCUCCUGCAAGCGUCAUGCCCAAGACUACUGCCCUGAGCGCUGAACCGGAAUGGAAGGAGACCGACUUUGAGGCCGAAAUCAAGAAGCUUGAAAAGGAAGCCGAAGAACGUUUGGAUGCCAAGGUUGAAGAAUUGAAAAGCAACAUUGCCAACACUGGAGCCGAAAACUAA